AUGUCUGCUGUAGGGGCUUCAGCCCCAUACCUGCAUCUUCCUGGUGACAGUUACAGUGGCCGGCUGAGUUUCCUGGGGGGCCAGCUUCCUCCUCAGGUGGCAGCAAUGGCCCAACUCCUGGGGGAGCUGGACCGGAGUUCGUUCAGAAAGUUGCUGAAGCUGGUGGUCAGCAGCCUGCAGGGAGAGGACUGCCGAGAGGCUGUGCAGCACCUUGGAGCCAGCGUGGGCCUGCCGGAAGAGAGCCUGGGUGCUCUACUCGCAGGUGUGCACACCCUGCUCCGGCAGGCCCUGAGGGUGCCCCUGGCCAGCCUGAAACCUGAGGCCUUCAAGAGCCAGCUCCAGGAGCUCUCCGUGCCCCAGGACCUGGCUGAGGACCUGGCCAGCGUGGUGUUCGGGAGCCAACGGCCCCUCCUUGACUCGGUGGCCAGGCAGCAGGGAACCUGGUUGCCCCAUGUGGCCAACUUCCGGUGGCGGGUAGAUGUGGCCAUCUCUACCAGCUCUCUGGCCCGCUCCCUGCGACCGAGCGUCCUGAUGCAGCUGGUGCUCUCUGAUGGGUCGGCACACCGCUUUGAAGUCCCCACAGCCAAAUUCCAGGAGCUGAGGUAUGGUGUGGCCCUGGUCCUGAAGGAGAUGGCAGAUCUGGAGAAGAAAUGUGACCGCAAACUCCAGGACUGA